GGGCCAUGGCGGAUGUCCUCGGGGCGCAGCGCCCUGCUGCCGGCAGCGUGGGCGGCCCGGAGCCCCGGGACCCCCUGGACUGCUGGGCCUGCGCUGUGCUGGUGACGGCCCAGAACCUUCUGGUGGCCGCCUUCAAUCUUCUCCUCUUGGCGCUGGUGUUGGGGACCGUCCUGCUCCCGGCUGUCACCAUGCUGAGCUUCGGCUUCCUCUGCCACUCCCAGUUCCUGCGCUCCCAGGCACCCCCGUGCACGGCGCACCUGCGGGACCCCGGCUUCACCGCCCUGCUGGUCAGCGGCUUCCUGCUCCUCGUGCCGCUGCUCGUGCUUGCCCUGGCCAGCUACCGCCGCCUCUGCCUGCGCCUCCGCCUGGCCGACUGCCUCGUGCCCUACAGCCGGGCCCUCUAUCGGCGCCGGCGCGACUCGCAGCCCCAGCAAAGCCGGGCCUCGUCAGGGUCCCAGGGUGCCCCCACGCCGGGGAAGGUCUGGGUUUGAGGACCAUCCCCGUCAGCCCAAGGACUUGCAGCCCCAGGGUCUUCUGCCGAGACCCCCGUGCGCGCGGGAACCCAGUGCUGGCACCACCUCGCCUACCCCAGGGCAUCCUGCUUGCCUCUCACUUCCCCACAUUUGACUUUGGGACAUCCGGGCUGGGCCCUAAACAUCCUCCCCUCUCUCCCCCGACCACGCCCGGGACAAGGAAGCCUGGCAAGUCUCUCCCUUCCCUUUUCUGGGGUGGAGGGGGA